AUGACUACCGCCUCUCCGCUCCCAAACACGUCAACCCCACAACCCUCAGCAACGCCAACAGGCUUCCAAUUCCCACCCCACUACUCCUUCCCGCCCUUCUUCACCCUGCAACCCGUCGCCAGCACGCGUUCCUCCCAACUCGCCUCCUGGUCCACCCUCAUCCAAGCCUACUGCCGCCACAACCGCAUCUUCACGCUCUCCCUCAUCGACGCGCUCAACACGCCCUUGUUCCACAAUGCCGCCCUCUCGCGGCGGCUCUCACUACGCGACGCAACAGCCCUCUUAAAAUGGAUGAGCACCUCCGAGGGCGGGAACCGCGCCGAGUACAUCGCGCCGCCGGGGACAAGUGCCAAGAAGAAGAGCGGCGUCGAGGACGAAGGCGGCCGGUUCUGGAUCUAUUGGCGGCGACCGGACGAGUGGGCAGGCGCGCUGGAGGAGUGGGUUGAGCGGACGGGGCAGAAAGGCAGCGUGUUGACAUUCUACGAGAUCGUCGAGGGCGAGGCGACAAUGAAGGAGGAGUUUUGGGGCAUGGAGGGCGCGCUGCUUAUGAAGAGUUUGGGCAUAUGUGUUAAGAGAGGGAGGGCGCAGAUUUUUGGUAGUGAGGGGAGUGAGGGCGUCAAGUUCUUUUGA